AGUGGUGUAUGUAUUUUAGAAUAUGGAUAUAAAUAUUCAAGAGCAAGACUGUGCUAUUUGCUUGCAAAAAUAUCAUCACCCAACUCGACUACCAUGUGGCCAUAUAUUCUGUUUCCUCUGUGUAAAGGGUAUUGCAAUACAGAGCAAGAAAUGUGCCAUGUGUCGUAUGGAAAUACCUCACGACUACUUUGAUCAUCCGGAUUUGAUAGAAAAACUAUCACUCGAGGACAUAACUACAGAUGGUGAUACUGAAAAAUAUCAAUGGUACUAUGAAGGCAGAAAUGGGUGGUGGAAAUAUGAUGAAAGAAGUAAUAUAGAUUUAGAAACAUCCUAUAGUUCUGGAGACACAGAAUGCUUGCUUCUACUGGCAGGUACUAUAUAUUGUGUAGAUUUUAACAGUAUGAUACAAAUCCGUCGCAAUGAUCCAACUAAAAGACGAAAAAUAAAAAGGGAUGUACCAACCUUGCCUUCAAAAGGUAUUGCAGGAAUUAAAAAUAUUGAUUCAACCCAUCAAGUACUUCCAGAUACAACAAAUGAUUUUACAGAAGGUCAAGACACUGAAGAAAAUCAAAACGAUACCCCUAACUUAGUACCUGAUAACAGUAGUGCAAAUACUCCCUCUUUGUCAUUUGAUGAUCUUACUGAUAGUUUAAGACAGUUUAAUUUACACGAAGAAGAAAUAUUGCCUACAGCUCAAGAUGAUGAUUCGCCAAACUCGGAAGACACUUGAAUGAACAAAUUCUUAAAAGAACACUGUUAGGAUAUGGUUAAAGAUUAUAUUUUAAUAAAAUUAAAAUAAAUUCUUAAAAUAAUUUCGAGACUGAAA